UCUAACAUCCUACAAAAUUCUAAAAUGCUUUCAUAAUUCUUUUUCGUUAAUUUUCUGGCUUAAAUCAAAAUUAUUAGUAGUACAAUUUUUGGCAAGAUGAAAAAAGAUGGAACAUCGAGGAAACAUCAUGUUGCCACAUCGAAACAAAACCUUUUAUUAAAACCUUAUGGAUUCUGUUGUGACGUCAAGGAUAAUUCAGGGUUUUCGAAACAUAAAGUUUCGAUACUACCUUUUCUCUCACGCGGCACAACCAACGAAGGACCUGAUAUUAAAUUUCGCAUUAACGAAGACGAACUUUCAUCUUCCGGACUACGCGGCGGUCAAAAAGGAUUUCAAAAAGGUGGACGAGGUAGAAAUGCGGGUAGACGACGAAGUGUAUAUACAAAUGGACUACGAGGUGGAUAUCAAAAUAGAUUACGAGGAGGAAAUGAUAAUCAAGAUGGUACUUCAAGGGGUGGUGCUCUUGGACCUUUGAACGAUCGAUUGGUAUGUGAACGAUGUGGAGGUCCUCUGCGAUGGUAUCUGGAAGAUGAAAUAGCUAUAGCUCGUGAGAGUAUGGUAAAGAGAAGAAUAGAAAAAUAUAAUACUGACAUGAACAGAAAUGUACAAACAGCUAAAAGAAAAGAAAAGAAUAAGUACGGACACAAGAAGAGAAGGAGACAACAAUCAAGUGAAGAUAAAGAACAUAAGCAAGAAAGUGAAGAUAAAACAUAGAAAAAAUUUCUGGAAAAUAUAUCAUCACUUGAAUAAAAACAAAGUAAUUUCUC